AUGUUGCUCUUGCUCACUCUUGAUUUUAUAGGCCACAAGCUCUCGAUCUUUGCUAGAAGGAUGCGAAGAAAUUUUGUUACACGAAAACUUGGUUCCCAAGAAGAGAAUAGCAGUAUGAGCAGGUGGUCCGAACAAGUUCCAGAAGAUAUCAUGCAAUCGAUUCUGCAACGACUCUCCAUAUCAAAUUAUGUACGAUGCACGGCAGUGUGCCAUUCUUGGAGAGCCUCUGUUGACAUGGCAAUUGCCACCAAGCAUAGCCCUCCUGCUCCCCAACAUCCAUUGCUUAUGGUCUGCUCUCACCGUUCGUGCUUGAGAGACCAUUGCUUCUAUAAGUCCAAGUGUUGA